AUGAUCCCUCUGCGGCCAUCCCUUCUACGGAGGCCUCGAGAGGCAAUUGUGUGCACACAAUGUCUCUUCGGGCCUCGUCUUGUGCGCCCCGAGGGUAUUCGGGGGUUCCUAUCGUCCUCGAAACGGCGGAUCGGGACUGCGGAUGACCAGUCCCCCUCGGUAUUCCACAAAUCAUAUUUCUCGGCCAAUCGACUCAACGACGCCUCAAAUAGCAAAGGUGGCUUGCUGUCUUCACUUGCAUCCUCCCAUGCGAAAAGCAAAUCCACGGCCUCAUCCCCCAGCGAUGCGGACGCCAUCCAGGUCAACUCGUCUGCAGCAGCAUCGUCUGCUGCGAUUGCGACAGAAGCUACACCAGAACUGCCACAUCGGCGGCGGAAGCGCUUGAAGGAGGAAAGCAAUGCAACAGGACAACCAGAACAAAGUCUCCCGCUGGAUGCCUCGGCGCAAUUGUCGAACUUCUCAUCUACACUCCCCACUACCUCCCUCCGCCGCAAGUUGGCUGCGUAUCUCGCCCUGACGAAACCGCGACUGUCCUUCUUGAUUGUCCUCACCACAACCUCUGCGUAUGGGAUGUACCCGAUCUCGUCCCUCCUCACUCUCGAUCCGGCCAUGACCCCGCUCCCUACACUUUCGACCUCGACCCUAACUUUUAUAUACCUGACAGCGGGCACUUUCUUGUCUUGCUGCAGCGCCAAUACACUUAACAUGAUGUUCGAGCCGAAAUUCGAUGCACUUAUGUCGCGGACGCGUAAUCGCCCUCUAGUUCGCGGGCUUGUUUCGAGCCGGGCAGCCCUGGUCUUCGCGAUUGGCACUGCCGUUGCAGGCCUCUCGCUCCUUUAUAUCGGGACUAACCCAACAACGACCGCUCUAUCCGCCGCCAAUAUCUUCCUUUACGCUUUUGUAUACACACCAUUGAAGCGAAUCCACGUAAUCAAUACCUGGGUCGGCGCGGUGGUUGGUGGUAUUCCACCACUCAUGGGAUGGAUCGCCGCGGCGGGCCAGACGGCGACGAUGGGCCAUGACACAUGGCGUGACAUGCUAUUCAGCGAACAAAGCAUUGGAGGUUGGCUGUUAGGUGGAAUCUUGUUCGCCUGGCAAUUCCCCCACUUCAACGCCCUGUCCCAUCUGAUCCGCGAUGAAUACAAAGCUGCUGGCUACAGGAUGCUAUGCUGGGUAAACCCAGCUCGCAGUGCUCGGGUUGCUCUGCGAUACUCUAUUCUGAUGUUCCCCAUCUCCAUUGGUCUCUGGUGGGUGAAUGUCGUCGGAAGUGGAUUCCUCGUCGGUAGCACUGUCGCCAACGGCUGGUUGGUCCACCAGGCAUACCACUUCUGGAAACAUCAGGGUGCCAAUGGUAGUGCACGUGGCCUCUUCUGGGCCAGUAUCUGGCAACUACCUAUUCUCCUUGUCGGCGGCCUAGUUACCAAGAAGGGUCUCUGGGAUGGCGUUUGGAGGAAUAUAUUCGGACAAUCCGACGAAGAGGAUGACGAGUAUUUGUACUACGAAGAUGAGGAAGAGCUCGAAGGCGAGAAGUCCAAUGCUCAAGAGGCUGCAUCGUCCCGCGCACAAUCAAUUCGGACAAGUACUUUGUCCACUGCAUGA